AUGGCAUCAAACAGGUCCGAAAGGGACCUCCCCAUCCCACUCCCUUCGCCACUCCAAUCACAUCCACCCGACUUCCCGACCUACUCUCGCGCCGACGAUGCAGACGCAGCCACAGACCCAGAGCCAGUCUCUCCCAUAUCCUCCAUCUUCCCAAUGUCUCCAGUUCCCAUACGUCCAGGACAAGGACAAGCAGCGGCAGGACUCAGAAUAGUCAGCCCCAGUCCUGCGCCGACGUCCAUCUCCUCUCGAACUCUUCCAUCACGACCACUCCCAGCACUACCACCACUCGACACAUCCCCAGAAGCAACAGGACCAGAAGAACCCUCAUACAUCGCAAACCCCCGCGACCAAGUCGAGCAACGAAUUCGCUACCUCCCCGAGUGGGAAACGCCCCGAAAUCCGCCCAAGCGCGGUAAGCUUCAACAAACACGCAACUUGCUCUCGUCCAUUCCUUUCUUUGAAGCUAGGAAACAGCCCAGUUUCGUCAAGAAGCAGCACAAGCCGCGCUCGAGGUCCAUUCCUUCGUUAUUCAGCUUGGUCGAUUCGCCGCCUGUGGUGAUGGGAGAGAAGGGUGACUCCGGGGAGGCCAUGUCUCCUAACGAUCAUCAUCAGCAUGGUGGGGUCAACAGUGCGGGAUGGAGAAAGAGCUUGGGGUUUGGGUAUGGGAGGAAUAGUUUUGCGGGCUUGGAUCCGGAACGACACGCCGAGAGUGGAGGAAUAGUGCCGACGCACACGGUUACAACGCUGGGAAGUAUUCCGAAUCCGCCGCCGCCGCCGAGAUUGACGGAGAAGGAGAGGGUGAGGAAUUGGGUCAAUCGCAGGUUGUUACCGCCUAAGAAGCGGUAUCCGUUUGGGUUGAACAGAAGGCGGUUUUGUCUUCUUGUGCUUCUGCCGCUUCUGCUGCUACUGCUGCUCGGGCUGGCAUUGGGAUUGGGACUGGGGCUGGGACUUGGACUCAAGAAACACGACAACGACGACACCAACUUGCCCCUCCCGCCACCGUUCGGCAAAGACCCUCCGCUUACCGCCUACCAAGGGACAUUCACUUACUACUCCGCCUCCGACCGCACCGGUGCCUGCGGCGUCAACUCUGACAACGACGUAAUGGACGUUGCCAUCUCUUACAAGAUCUGGGACGAGGUCGCUAAACGUGAUGAGGCUGCCAAAAGUGCUUCUAACGUCUACCCGCGAACCUUACCAUAUAGUGAGCAUAAUCCCCAGUGGAGGAGGAACCCACUGUGCGGAAAGAAAAUAUGGAUUGGUCAGCAGGAGGAUAUUGAGCAGGGUGAUUGGCUGGAGGCGAUGAUAAUCGAUAGAUGCGGGCCGGACAGAUGUCCGGAGGCAGAGGAUAUUGACUUGACAGUAAACACGUUCGAGAAGGUCUACAAUAUCAGUUCGAUGGGUGUCUUUUCGGAUUCGGACGAGGAGGAGGAUGGAGCGAGGGAGGGCUGGUGGGCUUGGACCGUGGAGUGGUAA